AUGGCACCUUCAGCCAUCUCCGACCUCCUCCCGCCCGGACCACUGACCUCCAAGUCCGUCCAACCCGAAAAAGAACAUCAUGAACAUGGCAUGGAAGACAAAACCCCGCUCGCAGCCAUUUCCCACGGAGACGUGAUGUUACCGGGAGUGCCGAAAUUCGACAAUUUCGCAGCUCAGCGACAAUGGCAAUUGGAACACAUGGCCGCAGCAUUCCGCCACUGGGCUCGUGAGGGAUACGUGGAGGGUAUCUCGGGACAUAUCAGUGUAAGAGAUCCAGAGAACCAUGAGGUCUUUUGGACGAAUCCCUUGGGUGUACAUUUUGGUCUUCUGAAGGCCAGCGACAUGAUCGCCGUCAAUCUCGAGGGCAAAGUCGUCGGUGGAAACCGAACUCGACCACCAAAUGCCGCCGGCUUCCUUAUCCACAGUGAAGUACACAAGGCACGACCCGAUGUCACAGCCAUCUGCCACGCACACACCGUCUACGGCAAGGCAUGGAGCGUGUUCGGCAAACCAGUUGAGAUGUUGACGCAGGACGCUUGCAAAUUCUACCACGCGCACUCCGUAUACAACUCAUACGGCGGUACCGUAUUAGCAUCGGCCGAGGGCGCACUAAUCGCCAAGGCAUUGGGGCCGACUAACAAAGCGUGCAUUCUCCGCAACCACGGUUUGCUGACGGUAGGCAAGACGGUGGACGAAGCGGCGUUCUUGUUCCUAUCACUCGAACACGCGUGUCAGGGCCAGCUGCUCGCUGAAGCGGCCAGCCAAGGCGGCAAGCUUGACAAAGUCCUCAUCACCGACGAAGAGGCCGACUAUGUUUUCCGUAUGGAGAGCGAUUCGGAGACCUGCUAUGCCGAGUUCCAGGCCUAUGUCGACUGGGAAGAUUAUCAUUGCAAAGGGGAAUUUCGAAAGUAG